AUGACAACGCGUCCUAAGCCGGUGUUCUACGAAACUGCAAAAUGCGUCGCUCUUUACAUGGAUCCCAACGUGCGACUACAACUCUACCUUCGCUGCCCACAAUUCCGGACUGUUCACAGAAGUCAGACGUUUAGAAUCAGGGAUCUAAAAGUGCGACCAGAAAACUUUGAAAUCGAUGGAACUAUCUACAAACUGGGAGUGAUUACCCAGUACACAAAUAAGCCAAAUCCCGGCUUGGUAACUUUUAGAAACUCUGGAGGAGGAUUGCAAUGGGAUGUUGAUGUCUACGGUCUACCAAUUGUGACAGUAAACGAGACCGGGAAUAUACUGGACGACAAUGAAAAGGUAGAGAUUUUGCAACGACAAAUCAAAAGAUUAGACGAAAUUUUACAAAAUAAAGAGCACGGAUCCGAUUACAUCCAGGGCAUCCGACGGGGGAUCGAAGCCGAUCAGUGGGAAAUCGAGAUGCUCCAAAUGCGAAUAAACAGAUCACCACCGCCGUAUCAUAAUUAUCUUCAAUUGGUUGUUAGAACAGGAGAAGAUGUUAAAUUGGAGCAUGUGGCUUACGAAAAACCAUUCAAACUAACCAGAGAGUACAUUGAGAAACGGAUUUUUAGCAAUGGGAACAUCCAAGUGGGAAAUCUCCAAAUUGGUGGAGAUUGGUAUCAAAAUGAUUUAGUUGACUUUAUUAGAAGAGGUUCUGUGCAACCGGAUGUAGAACCUCUCUUCCAGUACGCACCACAAGGAGAUAAAGUGAAACCAUUACUGUCAAUUCGAGAAGGAUGUUUAGAAGUUGGAGUGUUGAAAGUUACUGGAAAUGUGGCAAAUGCAGUGACCAGUCUUCAAAAAGUCCUCUCAACUGUGCCAUUAAAACAAUUGAGAACUGUGCAUCAACCAUUUCCUAAUGACCCAAUCAUCAAAAUUUCACAGUUUGUUUUAAUCGUUGGAUGCUUGCCGUUCAAUGUGCUCAGCAGUUGUCCGAACAAUCGAACUCAUAUUGAAGGAACUACGUGUAUUUCCAAUAAUCAAUUCACUAAUGUAGUGAACAAAUGGAUGGAAUCGGAUGUGAGCGUUGGAAAAUAUUACUCGAUCGGAUUUUGCGAAGUCUAUUUUGUCGAGGAACUGUUCGCUAAGUUUAGAAAACUCCCAGGUGCUCAGAGCGGCGAGAACAAAGAAACCAGGUUGACUGCAUUCCCGGAAUGCAUCAUUAUCCCAAUGAAAAACGAUACGGAGCUGAAUGUCUACUACAGCGAGCCGAACAAAGAAGAGAAGGAGUACUGUAACAAGGAGUUCAUUGUGAAAAUGAAAUGGCAGCCGAGAGGAUAUGCGAGAGUUUUUGAAUGA